ACUGAUUUUUGUGUCACUUUAUUCUAAAUGUUAUAAAUCAGUAGCAAUUCAAAAAUCACACAAAAACCCGAUUCGGCUGGCCAACUUAAAGACUAGAAAGUCUUCACCUUCCAAAAUUCAACCCCAAACAAGUGAGUGAUCGUAAAGUUGUGGAGUGGCAAUAUGUUUCCCGAUGACUUCGACGUGGAGCCCUUCAAUCCGUUCAAUGUGGGACCCCCCAAUAGUGGAGCCCGCUCCGACUUUAAAAUCCCCACCUGCGUUACGUAUCCGCCACCGGUGUUCGUGGCCAAGCCCGAAUAUUUGCAGGCGGAGAGUAAGCCAAAGCUGGGCACGACAAAGCUGGGCGAAGUGGCCAUUUCCAAAGCCAUUAACGAGGAGAUGGCCGUGGCCAAGAAGCAGGCUGCAGCUAUCCACGAAAAAGACCGCAUUGAUGCGGGUGGUGUCUCAAGGACGAAGCUUGCGGAGGACUCCCGGUCAAAGGAAGCGGUGGGAAAGGACUCGCUACGCACUUUGAUGCCAGUAAGGUCCAGCCGACAGGCCAGUGGUGAGGGUAGGGCCAAUUUCCAAGUGUCCACAUCGGACUCCAGUGUGGCUUCCAAGGCGAACAGCGUUCCCAGGCAAAGUCAAGCCAGCAUCGAUGCCAAGGCCUCGAAAACUUCCCGGGCAAAAUCGGAGGUCUCGAACAGGAGUUCUUCGAAUACUACACUCACUCCAAAAUCCAUUUUGAAGACACCGAAGACCUCGGAGUCCGCAAAAGUUUCCUUCACCGCAAUCAAAUCAAAAGUAUCGGAUAAGUCCUCGGAAACGGGAACUCAGCGAUCCGUAAAAUCAAAGACUGAAGAGUCACCUUCAGAACCCUCUGUAAAGCCACAAAAUACUGAUUCCGUCUCCCAACACUCCAUUAAGACAGAAAACCAAGAUUCUCAAAAGGGGGUUUCCCAGGAACGACCCGCCUCUGAUCUUAUCUCCAAAAAUUCCAAGGCAAUGGCUUCAGAGACUAAUUUCAAAUCGAAAACCAACACGUCAAGUGUGCUCCCUGAAUCGAAGGAUGGGCCCAGCUACAUUCAGUCGGAGACUGCCUUAUCCUACAGACAAUCCUUGAACCAGCAGGCUGCCGAGCUGGCGGAUCGCCUAAAUGCCGGAAAUGAGAACUUCAGGCGCUACAACUCAGUGGCUAGAAAUCACUCGAUCGCAGUACCUCAAAAACUUUCUCAGGGCGAUCGCAUGACUUUCUGGUUCAGCGAUGCUGUGCUUUCCUAGGAAAAUUAUUUACUUAUUCCGAAAUUCCAUAGCCAAAGACUGGUCACAAUUGCUUGCUGUUGAGUCAGACGGAAAAAUAAAAAUUUAAACUAGCA